AGGGAUAAUAAUUUAUUGUUCAUCAAGCAGCGAUAAUGUAAAUAUGCUUCUGUCGACGUGCCUAAGAUAUAGACUUACUACAUAAAGAAUUUUGACCAAAAGGUCAGCGUUCACUUAUAUAAUCCACUAGAAUAAUUUCCAUAUCCACGCUCGUAGUGAACAUGGCUGCUGUACGACCAUUAGUGGUUUUGGUACUUUGUACAUUUUUAUGGAUUCCCCCCAGUUGUUACGGCGCAGAAGACCCAUGUACAGACUACAAGUCGAUCAACGAUCCUUACCGCAGCACCAAGUACAAACUUAUAGCAGGGGAGACGGCAAUAUGUGAUAAUAAGCUCACACCGGGAUGGUACAGAUUUACCAACAAAGUCGGUGGGAAAAUGCCCACAAAAAAGCUAGAACCGUACCAGUGUGGGACAGUAGCGCCUAUAUGGAUGAAAGGAACGCACCCCACGACUAAAGGAGACGUCGCUACAGCUCUUGCUUGUACUAAUGUAAACAACAGACUUGGUGGUUGUAUGAUACCAAAACCAAUGGCGGUUAAAAACUGCGGAGAAUUCUUUGUGUACAAGCUGCAGCCGAGUGCAGGGUGUGCUAUGGCUUACUGUGCAGGCAACCUUUUACCGUGCCCAAAGGGUCAAGCAGGCAUUGUUCCCAACUGCAGAAUAUUAACUAUCACGCCUUUUCCAUUCCGCCUCGUGCCGUUACCUAUGGUAACUUAUCUUGAAGACGAUAAACCACGAGUGACGAUGCUAUGCAAGUUCCAGUUCCCUCUUUGGAAAAACGUGUCAUUCCAGGUUGAAUGGUUUACUGAUGGAUUCUCGGUUAAGAAUGAUACCAUUUGUGUGAACCAAAAUCCAUUUAAUGAUGGUCCGGCUUGUAGCGUCAGACAGAGUGAGCUACAACAUGGUUAUUAUCAUGCAGGGCAUAGAGUUGGUUGCAAACUUCGCAUGAAAUACACUACAAACCCUAAAAAUAAUUGGACAGCGUUAUGUAGAGAGAGCGAUAGUUUCUUUGUUGGGAUUGAGAUCUCUCCUCUGACUGCCCUGGUGCAUGAAUGCGAGAAAGAUCGAACCGUGACCUUGUCUUUUCGACCAACUGUCCCUGUUGUACCAGAUGACAUGACCAAGUUUGACUAUGUACCAGUUUCAAUAUUCGUUCCAAGUCAAUUCAAGGAAGUGGACAAAGAGAGUGCGCUAGAUACGUGUGAUCUAAAAUUAAGAACCGCGGAUAUCAAAAAUGGAAAGAAAAUCAAAAUCAAAGGAAUCUGUGACAACCAAAAAGAAAACGCUGCAACACUAGAGUAUCACUUUUCAAUUGAAAAUACUCAUCCAUUUUGGGGGCUUUAUAGGUUUUCAUCAGUUAAGGUUAUAAUUGAAAACACUGAAACAGCGAUGUGCCAAUCCACCGGCGAUCCUCACUAUACCACGUUUGAUGGCAGGUACUAUGAUUUCUACGAGCCUGGAGACUACGUUCUCUACAGCAACAAAAGACGAAAAUUCGAAAUACACACACGUUUGUGGGUAUGUUGGCAUGUUUCUUGCAACUGUGGAGUGGCGAUUCGUGAAGGAAAUGACGUUAUUGUGAUAACUGCCUGCAAUAAGCUUCUGAAACAAGAACCAAAUAUCCUAAGAACAAAAGURAAAAGCAUAGGAGCUCUUGCACGAGGGACGCACGUCUAUCGACGAGUUGACGGUUCAACGAUCACACAUCACGUGGUUCUUCCUUCUGGUACUCGUGUAAAAGCAGAGCGCAACUCAUGGGGAAUGAAUGUGUAUCUGACAGCACCUGGGUCUGAUUCAUCCAACACCGCUGGCCUGUGUGGUGAUUUUAAUGGUAUCAAGGAGGACGACUUCCACAAAGGCGGAGACAAAAAAGUUCAUGCAGAUCCAGUAUCAUUUGCCAGGAGUUGGAAACUGAGACCAGACCAAAGCUUCUUCGAGAUAUUACCGCCAAGGGAAGAAGUCGCUGAAGRAGGUAAAUCAUGUACCUGCCCCGCUGGAAGACACGAACAUCACUUUACAGACUGUAAAGACAACGCAAAUCGAUUCAAAGGAUUUGGACCAGAAUCUGGAGAAGAUAUUGCAGAUAGACUAAGAAAAGGUGGCCGAGUACGAAGAUCUAGUGAAGAUGAAUUAUAUACUGAUGAYAUAAUGGACUAUGAAGACCGCAGCUUCUUCCAAGAAGACGAAGAGCUGCGAUAUGCCUUAAAGCGCAUGCGCCGCAAAAGAAGCGCUCAGGGGAUGUCGGAAGCAGAUGCUAAGAGGCACUGUAAAGGUAUCAUAGAGAAUUCCAUAGCGGGAAAGAUGUGCAAAACUGUGCCUGGAUUUAACCUUACGAUUGCAAUGCAGCAGUGUAUCACAGACUUAAAGAUCACAGCCGAUAAAACAUUCGCAAGUUCAGCCUUUGAUGCCAUGAGGGAGGGAUGUGAAGAGGUAGCCUUGAAGAACAUAUCACUCUUCUCGAGAGAUCCACACAGCGGAGAGCUUAAGCCACCCGCUGAAAUUGGAGAAAAUCUGUGUCCAGGUGAUUGCAAUAACCAUGGUGWCUGUACAAACAGAACGUGCAUCUGUGAGGAAGGAUAUACUUCAGCUGAUUGCUCUAUGCCUGUUGAUGCUGUCCCAGAUUUGUUAGGUAUCUAUGAAGGAGGCUUAUGUGAUAUUCGCAAGAGACCAUGYAAACAGACAGAUAUAUUUGGACAUGAUUUCAUCAACUCGGAAAACCUAACAUGCCAUGUUGAAGAGAUAAAGGUCAUCGAAGGCAACUGGUCUAUUAGACCAUACCCUCAGAAAUAUCCUGGUAAAAUGGUUGACAUCUUUGGUGUGAGAUGUAACCUUCCAGAUCCUCCGACAAAACUUGGUGAUUAUGACCACGAGGGGACCCCUGCUGGGGGACUGUCUAUAUCGAUAUCAAAUGAUGGUGAAAUGAGGAGCAUUCGUCGUAAACGUUUUGUGUCAUAUGAUUCACUUUGUAUGGCAUGUACCAAUUCUUCCAGCUGUCAAAAGAAAAAUGAGUCCUGCCUCAUCAAUGGACAUUGUUUUGCUGYCAACACAUCCAAUCCAAAGGACUGGUGCCUUCAAUGUUUACCAGCAGACAGUAUGUCAUCAUGGACACCUAGGAAAGUUAACCAGCCACCMAAAUUCGCUGACAAACAGUCUACUCGAUGGGCCAUCAAUGGAGAGUACCUUCCAUURCAGUUGAAGGCAACAGACCCUGAUUAUCGUCCUGUUACAUAUUCUCUAAUAAGUUCCACUGCUUCUGGUUAUACAUUCAGUCCUACUGGUCUGUUGACAUGGAACGUGUCGUCACAAACUAACCAACAGUUUGUAUUCAAAGUCACUGACGAGUGUAACGCUACUGACACCAUAACCAUCAAUAUAGCUAUUGUUACUUGUCCUUGUCAAAAUGGUGGCAGAUGUGUGCCUAACCCUAGCCAGCCACGGGGCUCUGGUCAUUACACCUGUAAUUGCGCAAUGGAUUUUACAGGUCCACAAUGUGAAAACAAUAUUGACGAUUGUCUUACAGCUCAGUGCGUCAAUGGUACCUGUGUGGACGGGGUGAAURAUUAUACAUGUCGCUGUGAUGUUGGUUUUACGGGUUCCCAGUGUGAUCAGCGACUGACUCGCUGCACCAAUCAGACGUGUUUCCCUGGUGUCACGUGUACAGARAUUUCUGGUGGAGUAUCMUGUGGACCUUGUCCUGUGGGAUUCUCUGGGGAUGGGAAAACAUGCCUAGCUGUACCAACGACCAGCACACCGUCUACGACGACUGCUACUCUAACGAUGGUGGCAACUACUUCAACUCCCCCAAUAACUACAACUGCACCACCGACGACUACCUCUCCAUCAACAACUAGUAGUUCCCCCCCAACCACUACCGAGCUGCCUACAACGACGCARGAAAAAACGUCUACCACUUACAGUCCAACCACCACUGAACAAGGUAAUGGCACAACACAACUACCCAAAACUCAAGCCCGCGUCAAUGAGACGUCAACUGAAGCGGAAAAACCAACAACCACAGCAAAGAUAACAGAAACUGGAUCAACAGCAAACACAGCGAAACGAGUCGUUAAAGAGUGUCAGAUUCGUAUCAAACGAGCUUGGGUUGAUGAAUAUAAUGAUGUAAGAAGCCAUGCGUUUGAUGCUAUUUCGAGUCUUCUUUGGAAAGAGAUUUGGGCCUCGUUUAUACAAGCCAAAAAUCACAACCUCUUAAAAGUCGUCGUUUCUAAGUUAAGAAAAGGAAGUAUAAUUGCUGAAUUUGAACUGAUUUUCAAAAAUGAGCCCGAAGAACCUUUAAAGCCAAUCAAAGAUCGGAUCAAAGAUGGGAAACUAGGCGAGCUAGAGGUAGAUGCUGACUCGUUAACACUAAGAGAUGAACACCCCAAAGAUAAAAAACCAGAGCCCAAGGACAAAGGCUCUAUAAUUAUUAUCGUUAUUGUCAUUGUCGUGAUAGCCAUUGUUGUGAUAAUUAUAGUAAUCGUAGUGAUUGCCUAUAGGAGAAAACAAAAGCGUACCCGUAACCUUCAACGAAUCCGAAAACAGGACGAAGAUGGUAAACCUGGAGAAUUGUUACCACUAACAGAAAAGAAUAGUUCUAAAUAGAAUAAAAGACUUAGGUCGAACAUUUUUUAACUAAAUGAAAGAAAAUACUCUUUUCGGAAGUUGAAGAUGAAAUUUUCUUUACAAGUCGGGGUUUCUUGAUUCGGGCUUCUGACCAGUAGGAACGCCGGCUCACACAAAUGGCUGUUCACCCCUGACUGAGCCCAGGUACAGAAAAUGCAUAUUUAGGAUAGAUAAUUAAAAUAUAUAGUUUAGAUAAUUAUGAUUAUACGUAAUGUUUUUAUAUAUAAAUAGUAUAGUAAUGAAAUUUUUUGGAAUACCGGUUGCCAGUUGACCUCCUUACCCCUCUGGUUGCAGGCAUUUUCCAGUUCUCUUGCGAACAGGRUUAUUUAUCAAUCUUGUCUGAAAUAUUAUGGAAAAUGGACUGUGUCAGUAGGAAAAACAUUACUUCCAAAGUUUAAAGUAAUGUCUUUAGUUUUCUUUAGCUUUAGGUUAUUUGUUUGUUACGRAAUUUAGCCAAUGAAAAUUCUCAUAAGUUACCGUCCCUGUAGGGGCAAGGCAGUGCAUGGCACGUCUGUCCCGAAUAUUUAUCAUCAUUUGCCCUUGGCUUUUGCUUUUUAAAACAUUGAUGUAACGCAGUAUCGUAUUUCUCCUGAGAAAUCGAUUCUUCCACCUUCUCGUCGAGUCCAGUCUUUAAURAAGAGACCAAUAAAUAUAUAAUGAAUACCGACAUGUGUUAAAGGCAGAGUAUUUAUUCGUGAAAAUUGAAAUUAUCGUUUCACCAAAAGUACUUGAAUACUAGUAAUCUCAAAAAAAAAAAAAAA